AUGUUUUUCUGUUCCACGCUGUUCUGUCAUGAAGAGCUGUCAGGCUCGGGGUGCUCCGCCCCUCCCCGCUCCUAUCUCAGGGUGCCCCCCCUGCUCAUGUACUCUCGGAGUUCGGCUCCCGUCCCUCCCGAGGCCAGGUUGCCAGCUUUUCCAGUAGUGACCAGCUUGUCGGCAGCGCCCUCGAUGGAUAGUAUCCCAGCGCUCGGCAGCAUGCUGCCGGACAGACCUGUUGAGCUAUGGCGCGCCACUGCCAAAAAUGAGAGCCCGAUCCAGCAUGCUAUCGCUGAGAUCCCAGGACUCUAG